GCAGUCUUUUUAAUCGAGAAGCCGGAUGUAAUACAGCGGAAACCACCGUUUCCUGUUUUGUCGGCGUGUGCAGUUUCAUCUUGAAGGUUUAGUUUAUUUAGAAGGUGUAAAGAUCCGCGGCGGCAAUGGCUCGAAACGCUGAGAAGGCCAUGACGGCCUUGGCUCGCUUCCGUCAAGCCCAGCUGGAUGAGGGAAAAGUCAAGGAGCGUCGACCUUUCCUGGCCUCAGAGUGCAGCGAUCUUCCUAAGGCUGAAAAAUGGAGGCGACAGAUUAUCAGCGAGGUAUCCAAAAAAGUGGCCCAGAUCCAAAAUGCGGGUCUGGGAGAGUUCAGGAUCCGGGAUCUGAACGACGAGAUCAACAAACUGCUGAGGGAAAAACGCCACUGGGAGUACCGCAUCCGGGAGCUGGGAGGAGCCAACUACAGGCGCUUUGGGCCCCGCAUACUGGACCACGAGGGACGCGAGGUUCCCGGCAACCGGGGAUACAAAUACUUCGGGGCUGCCAGGGACCUGCCCGGGGUCAGGGAACUCUUUGAGAAAGAACCGGCGCCAGAGCUCCGCAAGACCCGCGGCGAGCUGAUGAAGGACGUGGACGCUGAGUACUACGGCUACCGAGACGAAGACGACGGCAUCCUGGUUCCGCUGGAGACGCGGCACGAGAAGCGAGCCAUAUCGGAGGCGGUUCACAAGUGGAAGACGGAUCGCCAGUGCCUUCCUUCGGGCGAGCCGGCACCGCCGGCAGCGGAGGAAGAAGACGAGCCCAGCAUCUACUCGCUCGCCGUCAUAGAGCCCGAAUAUGACGAGGGAGCAGCGGAGGAAGACGACCAAGACGAGGGCGGCGUCGCCUUCUUCGCGCACAUUCCUGUACCCUCGCAGAAAGAGGUGGAAGAGGCGCUGGUGCGGCGGAAGAAGAUGGAGUUGUUGGAACGAUACGCCAGCGAAAGUCUGCAACAACAAAGUCGUGAAGCCCGAACGCUGCUGGGACUCUGAUGGAAAUUCACCUGUCUUAUCGUCAUGGCAACCGCUUCUUUUUUGAUUCUUAUGCCUUUUGCAAUAAAGUCAUGUUGCUUUCUUA